AAUCACAGGAUGUUACUUUAUUAUUGGUGGAAUAUAUGACCUUGGAAACUAGGUUAUUAUGUCAGGUGUGUCUGUUCACUUACACCGGCUCACUCACCCUUCAAAUUGGAACAUAACGACACUAAGUAUUAUUGCUUAAUUGCUUGGUGAUGGAAUAUAUGAUGAAUGAUUCGUACCUUAUCCGGACGUUCUUGCGCAAAAACUUCAACUCUCACUUUAAGAUACGGAACUUCAAAAAAAUUUAACACUAUUCGAGCGUAGACAUUUUAAUUUGAUAACCCUGUGCGUUAAAAAUUUAACCCCGUGAUUGGAAUGAGUAUAAAAGCGUGUAUUCAUCUAAUAUAGCAAAGUCACGCUCGCAGUUUGACAAAAUAAAGUGCUGCCAACAUCAUAAUGUACCGUUUUGCUUUUCUCACUUUCUUGGCUUCAGUAUCCGCUUACGUCAUCCUCGACUCCAAGUGUCCUGAGGUUAAAAAUGUUGACAACUUUAAUUUUAAAUCUUAUGGCAAUGGCGUGUGGUAUGAAAUCGCGAGGUACCCUGAUGACUUGGUGAAGACCGGGAAAUGUGGUGCCCUUGAAUAUAAACAGGAAGGCGAUGUAACGAAAUCGAAAUACACCUACGUCGACAACAACAAACUGAUGUCCAUUGAGGGUACUGCCAGACUAGCUCCCGACGCUGGUACCACUGGAAAAUUAAUCCAAAGUCUUCAUUUCGGAGAAAACGGCGCUCUCGUCGAAAGUGAUUUAAGCGUCCUGACUAUUGACUAUGAUAACUUCUUCAUCGAUUACUACUGUCAGUACGACGAAGUUAAGAAAAACUCCCGAGAAUCCGCGUGGAUCGGCACAAGAUCGAAGACUUUAUCUCAAGAGACUAAGGCUGCAAUCGACAAGUUCAUAAAUGACUCCAAAUUUCUGAAUGCUAGCAAAUUUGAGUGGCCUUCAUUCAGUGAAGAGGACUGUAGGGUCGAUGCUUAAAUACAGAUACAAAUACAUUCAAAAGUUACAAAAUAUUACAACCAUGCCAAGAACUUGAUUUUUUUCAAAAAAAUUAUUGCCUGUGUCAAUUACUAUAAUGUAAGGAUACUAACGAUAUAUAUCCAAAUCUGUUAGGCGUUUAAAAGUUAUGGUGAAAUAAAAAAACUUAAAU